AUGCAAUCACCUAUUAUAUUCGUAACUGGAACAGAUACUGAUGUUGGAAAAACCUUUGUGAGUACAUUACUCGUGAAGCGUUGGAAUGCAAAUUACUGGAAACCAGUCCAGACCGGAUUAGAAUCAGACCAAGGCGAUACUAAGACAGUGAUGGAUCACUGUAUAGCUCAGGGUGAACACACUCCAAUUUGCUUUCCGCCCAAAUAUGAACUCCAGAAACCGUUAUGUCCUCUUGAGGCUAUGGAGUAUGAACCUGAUAUUGAAAUUGCUAUGAGCGAUUUUUGCUUACCAGAUGACGACUCUGAAAGGGCACUUAUUAUAGAAGGGGCGGGUGGUGUUUACGUUCCAUUAACAAAGAAACUUCACAUAACAACGGAUCUGAUCAAGCAUUUGAUUGCCUCCACUGAUCGGCCAUUUAAAAUUGUUGUAGUAGCAAGAAGCGGGCUUGGAACACUCAAUCAUACAUUGCUCACCUGGGAGCAUCUGGUAUCAGCAGGACUUAAAAAUCAUUUGUGGGGAUGUGUUCUGAACGGUGAAAAGAACCCGGGCAAUGUUAACGUGUUGAGAAAAUUCGGUGUAAAUAUAAUUACCGAGGUUGAUUUCUGCCCCAACGAUGCAGAUUUAGGUACAUUAGUUGACAAUAUUCCUGAUGUAGAUUUUUCGUAA